UGGGACCGAGCUCCGCAGACGGAGCGGGCGCCGCUGCUGAGCGUCUUCUGCGUGUUCGGACCUUUUGGAAUAAAUCAUGGAAUUGAACUUCAUUCAGAUGUGGUGGAAUAUGCCAAGGAAAAACUGGAGAGCUUCAUCAAAAAUAGCGAUAGCUUUGAUAAAUUUGAAUUCUGUGAACCUGCAUUUGUGGUGGGUAAUUGCCUUCAGAUAGCUUCUGACAGUCAUCAGUAUGAUCGAAUUUACUGUGGAGCUGGAGUCCAGAAAGAUCAUGAAAACUACAUGAAGAUCUUGCUCAAAGUUGGGGGAAUUCUGGUCAUGCCUAUAGAGGAUCAGUUGACACAGAUUAUGCGGACUGGACAAAACACUUGGGAAAGUAAAAAUAUCCUUGCUGUUUCCUUUGCACCACUUGUACAACCUAGUAAGAAUGAUAAUGGCACACCAGAUUCUGUGGGACUCCCCCCAUGUGCUGUCAGGAAUCUCCAAGACUUGGCUCGUAUUUAUAUUCGACGUACACUUAGAAACUUCAUAAAUGAUGAGAUGCAGGCCAAGGGAAUUCCGCAAAGGGCUCCACCCAAGAGGAAAAGAAAGAGAGUUAAACAAAGAAUUAACACUUAUGUAUUUGUAGGUAAUCAGCUUAUUCCUCAGCCUCUAGACAGUGAAGAGGAUGAAAAAAUGGAAGAAGACAGCAAAGAAGAAGAAGAAGAAGAGAAAGAUCAUAGUGAAACCAUGAAGCAUGAGGAGCCACCUCAGAACUUACUGAGGGAAAAGAUCAUGAAGCUGCCACUCCCUGAGUCUUUAAAAGCUUACUUGACAUAUUUUAGAGACAAAUAACUUAAAACAAGGAAGAAUGCCUACUGAUAAUUCCCUUACUCUUAUAAAUGUAGUGUUUAUUAGGAGUUAGAGAAUUAUUUCAUUAGAAUGAAUUAUUGCAGAAAAAACGCUUAAGUUAUUUCUCUUAAUGACAGAAAUGAUGUAUUCAGUGAUUUAAAAGAGUCUGUUUCCUAAUCUAUUUUUCUUAAAUCUUUAGGAAAUGCUGUUUUAGCUCAAUGAUCUCAAAGUGAAAUGCAUCAGUAGUCAGGACUUUGUGACAGUAAUGCCCUUGUGGUUUUUCACAGAUUUUUAGUGUUGGGCAUUGGAUUUCACUCUAUAAGAGGUUGAUAGAUUGUCACACAUAUAUAGACUUAUUUAAAUUGCAUUUUGCAUUUCUUUUGUAAGUUUGCUUAUCUAAUAAGGAAAGCAAAUGCUUGUAGAUCUGCUUACCUUACUUUUGUUGUAGACAUAUUCUGGGCAACAUCUCAGUGCAAUAAUAAUUCAAGAUAUUCAAUAAUUUAGCUUUAAAGACUUCAGACUUCAUGAAAUUUUACAGGCCUGAAACAUUUGCUUUUUGAAUCUAUUGCCAAAAGAUACAGGGAAAAUUCCUGCUUCUCUCAUAGAGAUUUUAAGAGCACAGCAAGUGAAUAUUAAAGUAGGAAAUGACUACUUAACACAGCUAGUUUGUGUGGGCUCCUUGUGUUCUCAGUAUUUACAGAUAUUCUAGAAUUCUAAAAGGUAGUAUAUUUAGGAUUGCUUUUUUGUAAUUAUAAAGUAUUAGAUUUGAAAAGAUUUCCAUUGUCUCAUUUGCCUCUGAAUGCAGACAGUAAGUCACAUUAAGUGACUCACUUUUAGGUACCUUCAGUAACGGGGGAAUGAUGUAGUCUGCUGAAGCACUUUAUGGGACUUUUAGUUAUGUGGAUAUUUGUCUUUAACAAGGUAGGCCAUGCAUCACCUUUUCUGUUUUGAAUCUUUCUAGUAUAAAUAGUCAUGGAAGUUGUAUGUAGAUGCCUAGUGUUUAAAAUUUGGUUCAGAAUCAUAGUGGGAUCUCUGACCCACACCAAGCUCAAUUCCUCCCUUCUAUGUUUUGUUUCUUUGGUAAAAUGAUAAUGGUUUUUA